AUGCACUGCACUCGCCUCUGCCUGCUCUGCGCUGCGCUUUCGAACGCGCCAAUACUACUCUCAGCACGGCCUCAGAUCACCAUGUCGGCCAACCUCAGCCUUGAAUGCUUCAUCGCUACCACGGGGUUACUGAGCUCUCCCUUCGUUAGUGGAUACGCACCUCCCAUCACUUCCGUCGCGCCCUAGACCGUUGCUCACCGCUCAUGCUCCCUCCCUCCUGUCAGGCGCAGUGUGCUGAUGCCAGCGGUUUCCUCGCUGCGCUAGACGCCAAAAGUGGCCUCGCGAAUGCUUGUAAGCGACAGGACAGGAAACAGAUACGGCGAUUGCUUCAGCUAAUCAUUAUAUUCCAAUAACGCGUCACCAAGUGUCGAACUGGUUAAAUAAUUUCUGUAGAGACACCUGUUCGGACGAUGCGCGGACUAAGGCAUGGUCUGGUCUAGAAGGGGGGUGCGCGAAUGAAUUAGCCAGGGAGAUAGCUCUUCCGGUACGUAGUAAAUGGCUCUCAGUAGGCAGGGCGCGAUACCGAAUAUAAAUUCUGACAUUCACCUCCCUGCGUAAAACUCCUAGUCUGUUCUCCUAGGUACGGGUCAUCUACGAACUUCGGCGACUGCUGUCCAGCCUCCUUUUUGGUUCGAAAAGUCUGUCGAGUCUGACCCCAUCUUGAACGCUGACUCCACAGCUGUGGUGGCGAACUACGACGUCCUGAAACGUGGCGCUUGUGCAGAAUCGGUCAGCCGGCAGUCCUACUGCUUCGUCGAAUUCGUCAAGGAUCUGGAAGAAGCGAACAAACGGAACUUCACCAUGAGCGUGGACUUGCUCAGCCCUACGUGCGCCGAAAUGGACGCCGUCCCCAGGUCGAAGCUUUGCACCCUUUGCAACCAAGUGCUGUUUGGAAUGAUGAUCAAGCUACUAUCACGACCUAUAGACCGAAUUACUCUGACCGAUCACGCAAGACAGACGUGCGGCCUCGCCUUCGCGAGUCUGAGUGCGCUCCAGGCCGACGUCCCACUGCGACCGGUCGGCGGACGAUUCGAUCAAGCGGUCGCAAGGUACACUGCGGCGGCCAUCAAAGACCUAGACCAAUAUAAUUCGACUCCAUCUACCCCCCCAACUAGUUCUGCCUACUCAUCUCGAACGUUCUCGCGCCGGUCCGCCCUCGAUACCGCAGUGAAGGCGGUCGCUCCGACGGCCGCGGCUACGAUUCUUCUCUAUGGAUGGGUGCAAUGA